GGUCUUUCCGCGUGCGCACCACUGGAGGGCGAGGCGCGCAGAAGCGGGGCAAAUCGGUGCGGAGAGGAGAGCAGAGGAGAGGAGCGGAGAGGGGGCAGCAGCAGCAGCUGGAAAACAGUCGAGAGGGAAAAUCCCGGUAUCACCCCCCCCACCCCUCUCCAUUUCCCCACCACACACUGCCCUGCAACGACCGAGAAAAGAAAAAAAACAAAGCGCGACUGCUCGCUGCUGCGCGUGAUUUCAGCGACUCGGCUCGGACGCCCUGCAGUUUUGGAGGAGGAGAAGGAGGAGAGCAGAGGAGAGGAGGAGGAGGAGGAGGAGGGAGAGGAGGGGUGUGUGUUGCGUUUCACUCGGGAGGUCCGAAGACUGAAAGAGGGACAGAGAGACAAAAUCGGCAGCGCGCGAGGAACACGCACGCGGGGCGGAGAGAGAGAGAGAGGGAGCGCGCGCGCGAGAGGCUUGGACAAAGCGGCGAGGAAGCUCCAUCCCCAUCACCAUCCUCGGCAGAGAAAAAGAGAUGCUGCUCUCCCUCUGAAACAUUCGAUGCAGCACUGAACGUCAUCCAACUGCUGUCCUCAGCUGUCUAGCCGUCCCUGACGCAACUCUAACAUCUGUCUGGUCUGUGAGCAGCCAUGACGAAAUCGUAUGAAUUCAACUGGCAGAAGCAUGUCCCUGAUUUCUUGCAGGAAGGUGCCAUCUUUGACAGAUUUGAUGAGGAUCCAUUUGUCUUUGAAUCCAGCUGCCUUUUUAAAGUUGACGAGUUUGGCUUCUUUCUCACAUGGAAGAGCGACGGAAAGGAGGGCCAAGUUCUAGAAUGUUCCCUGAUAAACAGUGUCCGUGCUGGAGCAGUGCCAAAGGACCCAAAGAUCCUGGCAUGUCUGGAGGCAGCGGGGAAGAACGAAGCAGAUCUGGAGGGCUGCAUCAUCUGCAUGUGCAGUGGCCCUGACCUGGUCAACCUCAGCUUUAUGUACAUGUUGGCUGACAGCGCAGACACUGCCAAGAAAUGGAUGGAGGGGUUGAAAUCAGUCAUUCACAACUUCAAGGCAAACAACGUGUGUCCGAUGACGUGUCUUAAGAAGCAUUGGAUGAAACUGUCCUUUCUGACCAAUGUCAAUGGAAAAAUCCCAGUGAGAGGCAUCACAAGGACUUUUGGUUCUGGCAAAACAGAGAAGGGAAUAUUCCAGGCCCUUAAAGAGCUCGGCCUGCCCAGUGGGAAGAAUGACGAAAUUGAUCAUUCCAUGUUCACCUUCGAUGUCUUCUAUGCUCUCACUCAGAAAAUCUGCCCACGCACAGAUAUCGAAGAACUCUUCAAAAAGAUCAAUGGGGACAAAACUGAUUAUUUAACUGUAGACCAGUUAGUCAGCUUUCUGAAUGAAAAUCAGCGGGAUCCCCGGCUGAAUGAGAUCCUCUUUCCUUUCUACGACCCCAAACGAGUCAUGCAGAUCAUUGAGAAGUACGAGAGAGAUGAGGACCUGAAGAAGAAAGGCUAUAUGUCCAGUGAUGGUUUCUGCCGGUACUUGAUGUCAGAUGAGAAUGCCCCUGUGUUUCUGGACCGCCUGGAUGUGUGCCAAGACAUGGACCAGCCAUUGGCUCACUACUUCAUCAGCUCUUCACACAACACAUACCUGACAGGCAGACAGUUUGGAGGCAAAUCCUCUGUGGAAAUGUACCGGCAGGUGUUGCUCUCUGGAUGCAGGUGUGUGGAGCUGGACUGUUGGGACGGAAAGGGUGAGGAUCAGGAGCCCAUUAUCACCCAUGGGAAGGCCAUGUGCACAGAUAUUCUCUUCAAAGACGUAAUACAAGCUAUCAAAGAGACAGCUUUUGUGAUGUCAGAAUAUCCUGUUAUUCUGUCGUUUGAAAACCACUGCAGUAAACCUCAGCAGUAUAAGAUGGCCAAGUACUGUGAGGACAUCUUUGGAGAUCUGUUACUCAAACAGCCAGUGGAGGGCUUCCCAAUUGAGCCUGGUCGUCCCCUCCCUUCUCCAACUGACCUCAAGAGAAAAAUCCUCAUAAAAAACAAACGCUUAAAACCUGAAGUUGAGCAGAAGCAACUGGAGUCGUUUAAGAGACACAUGGAGGCAGGAGAGAUGAGUGUGCAGGCAGGAGAGGAUGAGAAUGAAGACGACAUGGACAACGCUGAUGGCAAGGAAGUAAACUCGGAUACGAAACCUCGCAACGUGUCAGAAGAGCCCAGCGAACAAGACACACAAGAAAACAGUGUCAAGAAGGAGAAGAUUGCUGAUGACGAGAUCACAGAGAUUUCUGAGACGACAGAAGCAGACGUAACUGAUGUGUCAGAGGCUUCGGAUCUCGAUAACAAAAAGAAGAGUACGGAUACCACUGAGGAAGCAGAUGCUGAGCAGCAGCUGAUUGCUUCAUAUAAGUAUGAAGGAGCCACCACCAACAUCCACCCUUACCUCUCUGCCAUGGUCAACUACGCCCAGCCUGUGAAGUUCCAGAGCUUUGAAGUCGCAGAGGAGAAAAAUAUCCAUCACAACAUGUCCUCCUUCAAUGAGUCUGUUGGCUUAGGUUACCUGAAAACCAACGCUAUUGAGUUUGUAAACUACAACAAGCGGCAGAUGAGCCGAAUCUACCCCAAAGGAGGCCGCGUGGACUCCAGUAAUUACAUGCCUCAGAUCUUCUGGAACGCUGGCUGCCAGAUGGUGUCUCUGAACUUCCAAACCCCAGACUUGGCCAUGCAGUUGAACCAGGGGAAGUUUGAGUAUAACGGCGCAUGUGGGUAUCUCCUGAAGCCAGACUUCAUGCGACGCUCCGACAGAAUGUUUGACCCAUUCUCUGAGACGCCAGUGGAUGGGGUCAUUGCUGCCACUUGCAGUGUUCAGGUGUUCUCAGGUCAAUUUUUAUCAGAUAAGAAGAUUGGCACUUACGUGGAGGUGGACAUGUAUGGCCUUCCCACUGACACUAUCCGCAAAGAGUUCCGCACCCGCAUGGUGAUGAACAAUGGCCUGAACCCAGCCUACAAUGAAGAACCGUUUGUCUUCAGAAAGGUCAUCCUUCCAGACCUGGCUGUGUUGAGGAUCGCUGUCUAUGAUGAUAAUAAUAAGCUGAUUGGUCAGAGGAUCCUGCCGCUGGACGGCCUGCAGGCUGGGUACAGACACAUCUCUCUGAGGAACGAGGGCAACAAGCCCCUUUCUCUCCCAACUGUCUUCUGCAACAUCGUCCUUAAGACCUACGUACCAGACGGCUUUGGGGCAAUUGUGGAUGCUCUCUCUGACCCAAAGAAGUUCCUCUCCAUAGCUGAGAAGAGAGCAGACCAAAUGAGAGCGCUUGGUAUUGAAACAAGCGACAUUGCAGAUGUGCCAAAUGAGAGCUCCAAGAAUGAUAAGAAGGGCAAGGUGAAUCAGGUGAAGGCCAGUGUGACUCCUCAAACCAGCUCAGACAUGGCCCAGACCUCUACUGGCACUCAGAACAACAGCAGCGAAACCAAGAAAGAUUCUGCACUGGUUAACCAAGUGACGAUUGAGGACUUGAAACAGAUGAAAUCAUAUGUUAAACUGAUCAAGAAACAGCAGAAAGAGCUGAAUGCAUUGAAGAAAAAGCAUGCAAAGGACCACAAUGCCAUGCAGAAGUCCCAUUGCACUCAAGUGGACAAGAUGGUGGCUCAGCAUGACAAAGAGAAAUUUACACUGGAGAAGCUGUUAGAAAAAGCAAUCAAGAAGAGGGGAGAAAACAACUGUUCGGAUUUAAAGAAGGAGACCGCAAUAAAAGUGGAGAACCUCACGUCAGACCACAAGGCAAAGGUGAAGGAUAUUGUAGCCCAGCACACGAAGGAGUGGUCAGAGAUGAUUAACUCUCACAGUACAGAAGAACAGGAGAUGAAGGAUGCCCAUGUGAUGCAGCAGUGUGAUCAUCUAAAGAAACUGCUGUCCACUGUCCAGGAGCAACAGACCUUGCAGCUCAAGCUUGUGCAUGAACGGCAAAGCAAAGAAAUGAAAGCUAACCAGGCCAAGACGUCCAUGGAGAACAGCAAGGCCAUCAGUCAGGAUAAGAGCAUCAAAAACAAGGCCGAGAGAGAGAGGAGGGUGCGGGAGUUAAACAGCAGUAACACAAAAAAGUUCCUUGAGGAACGAAAAAGAUUGGCUAUGAAGCAAUCAAAAGAGCUAGAGCAGUUGCAGAAAUCCCAGCGUGAGCAGUUGGAAAAACUGGAGAAAUUCAAUGAGCAGCUUUUGAAAUCACAUCAUGCAAACUCUCAGUGUCAAGGCCAAGGACAUGCAGCAGAUGGUGAAGCUGGAAGCGGAGAUGGACCGCAGACCAGCCACAGUGGUGUAACUGCCCCAUCAGUAAACUAAGAAACAGAGAGACUCCUUUCUGUACGCUACUACCCCAGCUCCAAAUCCAGAACCCCCUCCAGCAAACCCCCUUCUCUUCUUUGACCACUCUGAGCCACCAGGCAAUGCUUCUGAAUCCUUAGAAGCUCCAUCAAGCAUGGAACCAAAAAAAAAAUAAAACCCCACCCCAACCUUUAUGAACCUCACUGCUUGCUGACCCCUCCUCCUUUUUUUACAAAACUCCUCCUCCCCUCGCCCAUAUGCAACCAAACCCUAACUUCGACCUCUGUCUGUAGUCCGGCCUCGCUGCUCAGACGGAGCUGUGUGACAGCAGCCACAGGUCCUUCUGGGGCGGCCAGGCCCCUGGUGGAAUGGACACUCCCAGCAAUGUUGUUCUGCCGCUGCCUCUGUCAUCAUAACAUCUACAGACAAACCAUACUUACAGAAGCCUGCAUCGGUCAUCGGCACGUCUCCAAUCCUCCCAUUGUGGUGGCCUGAGAUGGACGGAACUCGAAGUGUUCUUUGUAAACCUUUUAACUUCUGUCUUGAUGGUACUAGUUUAUAGUAGCAGCACCAGGCAAAUAGAGGUAUAACUGAAAAAAAGAUUUUUAGUUUAUGUGAGCACAACUUUGUGAAUGAUACGCUACACAAGAAGUUGCGUAAAAUAUCCUGAGCACUUUAUACCUGGUAGGCCGUCAAAGGAUUAUUUUCAGAUUUGUAGCAGUGCACUUGGUUUUCCCUGUGGUACAAUGUGUUGAAUGUCCGGACACUGUAUUGAGGUUUGCAAAGGAAUGGUGUGAAUGAAAUCAUUAGUCAUUGUAGUUCUUACAGUGCUGUUCUUUUUUCCAAUCAAAAUGCAUUGGGUUUUCCUUUUGCUUAUUUUUUUAAAGACGUAGAUAUAAUAAAUGAACUGUUUUACCCAGAUCUGUCAUUUUAAUUCAUCGGGUAAAGAUUUUGUUUCCGUCAGUAAUUCCUUUUUUAAAUGGCACUUUCGGUUUUGCUUAUACUUACUGACACUGUACUGUACCUGCUGUUACGCUAUUUGUGUGGUCAUACGUUUUGAUGUUACGACAGCCAUGGUGUUGACAUUCCAUGUUGAUGGACCGAAACCAAAUACCACUCAGACAUAUGUGAGACAACAUCUGCAAGGUUUCCCAGCACUGUUUUGACAUUCAGUAGGAUUUUUGGCAAUCAUCCAUUGGUUGCUUGUACUCAACAACCAAAAAAUUUCCCCUUAACCCCAACCACCAUGUAUGGGGAUUUGAAGAAGAAUCAUUAAAAUGAGCUGAGUGCAGCGACAGUUAGGGGGUUAGAGGAAUAGGUGCUUUAGUCUCACACUUUUGAGUGCUUGAGGUUCAUUUGUAGUCCAGAGACCUUUUUGCUUGGAGAGAUCGAGGCAGUCAAACAGGCAGCUCUUCCUGUGGGUUUUUAAAGCAGACAACACAUCAGUCUUCAUUUACAGAAACAUAAGAACAUUUGUUUUCAUUUUGUACAGAUACCCCAUUAUGCUGAAGUAUGAAGUAUGUCACCACUUUGUUUUCCUCUAACUAAAUGAUAUCUCCUGUUGAAACAUGCUAAAUAGGAAAGAGAGAGUAUAUUGUAUAUACUGGAAUGUAUGUAGUUAAUUUAACCAAAUGAUUGAACAGUAUGCUUAUGCUCCAAGGGCUCUGGGAUAGUGUGUACAUGUUUGUAAUGGGAAUGCCACCUAUCAACCACUAAGUUAUUUUCUUUCCUAUAUUUUUUUUUUCUUUUCCAAUCCUUGACAUCAAGACUGGUACCUGUAUUAUGCUUUCACCACAUAUCUACUACGAAAUAAUAAGCAAAGUGCUUUUAACUUAAAUCCAUUGCUUACAAAUGUGCCACUCAAUGUCUGGUAGGACGUUUAAAUUAUUUUACAAACAGAAAAUGCCAAAAUAAGGGUUUAUUUAUAUACAGAUAUAUAUAAAUAUAUAAAUAUAUAAAUAUACAUAUAUUAUUAAAUAUAGUGUGAAGUUUAAGACUAUUUCGUUAGUUAGAGGCUUUUUGCACUAGUUGAAUGUUGCGCGACUUUCAUGUAGACUUUUUUGCUAUAUAGUUUGCAGAAAAAGCAGAUUAUUUUUGCAGAACAAUGUUGCUUUGAAUUUCAUCUGUUUGUAUCGUUUUUUGUUUUCUGAGCUAUCUGCAGCUAGUCAAUGUACCAUUCUGUGAGUGUUUUUGUAUUUAUAUUGUAUUUGUCAAACUUAUAGCGAAGAAAAAUACUAAAAAAUACUGUUGUUAUCCUGCUACUUUAAUACCGUUUUAUAGUAUGUGUACCAAUAAACUAUCCAGGUGUUACAUGAAA